CUUUCUCUUCCUCUUCAGAUACACUCCCCCAAACCACUACUUGCCUAAAGCAAAGCCAAGAAAGGCAGAAAAUCAGGCAUAUUGAAUUUUCUAUUAAAAUCAAGCUGCAGCCAUUUUAUGAAUGGACCCUGAAGGCUGGGAAAUGGCUAGACCUGGGGAUAAUCCUCUGAGGUACAAAAACAAUAUAUUUAGAAGUAAUGGCUUGCAAGUGAACCACAGCAGAUAUACAAAUACUGGAAGACUAGGAAAGAGGACCGUCCAGGGAAUGGUGAAUGACGGCCAUUUAAAGCUGGAAGGAAGACUGCUGCAAGCCAAAAUAAAAAGAGAGUAUGGAAAUGGUUUUACCUCGGGGGAACAAUGCGUAGCUGGAAUAGGAAAACAAUAUCCUCAAGAAAGAGCUAUGAAAUCAGUCUAUAAUUAUACAGUGAAGAAUAGGACAGUGUGGCCCUCAGACUCCACUAACCAUAUAGAAAACGUAUCAUUUUUCAAAUACUACCGUGAUUUAAAAACUGCAACAAAACCAGUUUAUGGAAUAGAUAUGAAAAAGUUGCCCAUUCAGGUUAGAGAUGUUGGACGUACUUUACUUCAACCAAGGGAAAAGACACAUGCACAACUUGCCAGAGAGGAUAUUAAACUGGAAUCUUUCACCCAUGCUGAUACCAAAGAACCAUCUCAAGUUUUCUGCCAGAGAACAAAGAGCAGUAUGAAAAGUUCAACAACCGAAGACAUGUUGCCUCAGAAUAAGGCAAAUCUCUGUGAAGAAUCCAGCAUUUAUCUGGGGCUUCCUUUAUAUCAUACCCAUAAAAGGAUUAUGGUUCCACAUCAGAAAUGUACAACUGAUACAUGGCAAAAAAUAAGAAUAACAGGGCAAGAAUCUACACCACACUCAAUGAACAAAGUGAACCAAAUAAUCCACGAUAAACAUAGAUUUCCUUACAAGAACAUGGCUUCCCAAAGUGCUUCAUUUGCUCAAAAUGAAAGUUGCAGUAUUUCUGCUUUUAAGACUGAAACAAAUAACUGUUUGAAUCCAAAUAAACAGAAAAUAUUCAGAAGUUCAAUUAUUACUCCAAAUAAAGUACAAGCUGAUGCCACAACAGACAAACAAAUAGACAAGCCGACGGGAAAUUACACAUUUAGGAGGUUUCUGCUUAUUGAUAACCAAGGGUUGCCAUACAAUGUGGUUGUCAAGGAACCAAAAGCAACGGAAAUGGACAAAGUAACCAAGGAACCUAACUCAGAUAGUUCACAAAAUAGUACCACAAGAUCUUCAGCUCCCAGGAAGGUAUACACAUGUCCAGUGUGUUUUAGGAUAUUUGAGUAUCUCUCCUACCUCCAGAGGCACAGCAUUGCACACUCACAGCAGAAACCUCACAUCUGCAAGACCUGCGGCAAAGCUUUCAAGAGAACUUCACAUCUUACACGUCACAAGUACACUCAUUUUGGUGGAAAGCCUUUCCAGUGCCAGAUUUGCCAUCGUAGGUUCCGUGAUGCUGGGGAGCUGACGCGUCAUCAGCAGAUCCACACAGGAGAAAGACCUCAUCAAUGUGAUGUCUGUCACAUGAGCUUUGGGGACCUUGGUGCUUUGCAGCAUCACAUGCUUUGCAAGCACAUCAAGUAAAUUGUCUGUUGCCCUAGUAUAUUGUCAGGAUUACAAAACUAUUUCUAACUUUACUUAAAGGGACACUGAACCCAAUUUUUUUCUUUCAUGAUUCAGAUAGAGCAUGUAAUUUUAAUCAACUUUCUAAUUUACUCCUAUUAUCAAUUCUUCUUCGUUCUCUUGCUAUCUUUAUUUUAAAAGCAGGAAUGUAAAUCUUAGCAGCCAGCCUAUUUUAGAUUCAGCAUCAUGGAUAGCGUUUGCUUACAUUUACCCACCAAUAAGCAAGCAUAACUCAGGUUCUCAACCAAAAAUGGGCCGGCUCCUAUGCAUCCCAUUCCUGCUUUUUAAAUAAAGAUAGCAAGAGAAUUAAGAAAAUUGAUAAUAGGAG